ACAAAAUUGUGAUUUCCAUCAAUACUAAUCAAUAUUGAGUGGAUGAGUCUACUAUCUGUACAAAGAUGAAAGUUUUAUUAAUUUCGUUGAGUUUAAUUUGCCUAUCUUUUGCCGCAUUGAAUAUUCCGGAUCACUUGCGAGCCCCCGUAAGACUCAUGCGACAAGCAUGUCUUGCCGAAUCAAAUGUGGAUGAAAAAUAUAUAAACCAAAGUAGAAACGGUUUUAUACCCGACGUACCCGAGCUGAGAUGUUAUAUUUUGUGUUUAUUUGAGCAUUCUGGCAUGAUGGAAGAUGACGGAACAAUUCAUUUCGAACAAGUUAUGCAUUUAUUAUCACCUGGUGUUGCCGAAACUGCUACCUUUGUUUCGAACGAAUGUAAAACUAUACACGGAGAUACACGAUGCGAUACGGCAUACUUGACAAUGAAAUGCUUCUUUGAAAAGGCUCCUGAGGACUCGGAACUACCAUAAUUGUACACUUGAUUUCUUGAUAUUUACUUAAAACACCAUUUAUGUAAAUUAGUGACGCUACAAUUUUGAUGAAUCGGCUUCUUCUUCUCUUCUUAUAUUUUUGCAAUGAAGUGUGAUUCAUUUACGUAGAUUAUUAUCUAUAAGCUAUGUGAUGACCAAAUCAUUUAUUAUAUAAAAAUUUGCAAUUGAAAUUCAUCAUCAAUAAAGAUUUUUUUAAAGCCGA